UGAUAUAAUCUGAUUCCUAAUAUUUUGUUUCCUAAUGUCCUGAAUUAGAGGGUAUUUUAGGUCAUUUUAGGUUGUGUAUUAUCCUACACUGAUCAGUUAUAUUCUGAAAAAAUGAAUUUCUAGGUAUAUCAUAUGAGUAGUAUUUUAAUAUCAUACUCAAGGAGAAGUACUGAUGGAAGAGAUCAUAUACAACAACAUUCAGGUAACCAAUUAACUUCUGCCAACUGAAUCAGUUCAACUGUCAUCCAUCUUUGAUCUGACCCCAUCAGAACCCCAAAUAUACUCUUGUUUUUCUCCAUUGUCAUAGAUACAUCCAUAUGUAGUUGGGAGAUCCAACGUGUUGAAACAUACCAGUGAUGUUGCAGUAACAACCUGAGAUAUGGCCUCUACAAGACAAUCUGCUUUAGAGUACAUUACAAAUGGAAGGUUACGUCUCAUUGGACGUCUCCAGAAUCUGCCCCUCAUUUUGGAAAACCUGUUCCAGCGCAAGGUUCUUCACGAGGAGGAAGUCAGUAAAAUUCAGGCUGAAGUUGACCAUUUUGACCAAACCAGAAAAAUACUGGACUGGGUCUCGGCCAAAGGAGAGGCUGCAUGCUACGAGUUACUGAUGAUUCUAGACAUCACAAGGAAGAGGACCCUAGAUGACGCUGACUUACAGCAAUGGAUCAGCUGCUUCCCCUUCAAGGACGACCCAGAGAUGACAGACUACUUUGUUGGUUCAAAACCUUGUCACGGAUAUCAGACACAGCUGAAAUGUAAAGCACGGAAGAUCACAGAGGGUGCAUGGAAACAUAGCUGUAGUCUCCUACCAGAUAGAUGUAGAAAUGGGGGGACUUUCUCUUACACCCCUCUUGUGUUAGAUACAGAUGAGCAUUCAUCUGACUCUAAAAUUAAAGUGAAAAGCAAAAUAUGCAAGAAAGCUCGCCGUAAAAAACUAAAGAGCUUCAUCCCCUUGGCAAAACAGGAAACAUCCCCAGCUGACCUGCUUAAAACACAUGAAAAAAUCCUCCUCGUUGGAAAACCUGGAAUUGGAAAAACAUCAGUAUCCCAUCAAAUGUUGAACCUCUGGGCAGAAAAAGAUCAUAGAGAACUAGAUUACAUGUUUUAUUUUGAGGCGAGAGACAUUUCACACAGAAAACCCAUGAGCCUGGAGGACCUUCUCUUUAACAUGUACAGUGAGCCAAACGAAAGUAAAGAAGAAAUCUUACAGGAUAUUAAGAAGAACUCUGAAAACGUUGUCAUCAUAUUUGAUGGAAUCACAGACCUCUCCUCUCUAUCGGUAGUAAAGGACCUUGUGGAGAACCUCCUGCCUGAUGCAAAGAUUGUGACCACAUGCAGACCAGAUCAAUCUGAAGACUUCCUGACAGACUGGCCCACAGACUGGUUCAGAGUGGAGGUGAAAGGGUUCAGUGAUGAAUCCAUCAGGGCUUAUUUAACACAGAUGCUGAGUGCUGAGCUUGACUCCUUGAGCAGUGUGUUAAACAACCUAGAGUUGUUCAGUCUGUGCCAUGUCCCAAUGUACGCACUGAUGGUGGUUGCUUGUAGUUAUUAUUCUACCCUAGCGGAUUCUAAGCAGCCAUGUUCUACAACUAAGAUGUACAUCAACAUCCUCCGUCACUGCAUCCAAAAACACAGUGGCAAACGACUGGAAGAUCACAACAAGUGUCUCAUACAAAACAGAGAGAAAAUAUUGUCUUUGGCAGAAAUUGCUUUUGAUGCAACAAAUGAGAAAAACAUGAACUUGACAACACUGAGUUGUGAAGAAGGCAGUGUCCAUUUUGCCUUCUUGGGGGCAUUUAUGGUUAAGGUUGAGCCCACUGCAUCAGACACUUGCUCUGCGUUUCUCCACUACACAAUGCAGGAGUUCUUUGGUGCCCUUUGGCUCUUACAGAAUCCAGACAAAAUCAGAGAGGUUCUAGAGAAGUGCCCGACUGAAGAAUGGAAACACACAAAACACUUAAUUCCUUUCCUGUGUGGGCUUCUGAAUGAGAGGAAUACUAGAUUGGUAAACAGUCUAGUUCCAGCUGAACAGAUCAAGAAGACAUCAGAUUGGUUCUUCAAGGAAGUGGUGAACACAUUUCUUCCAUCUCAAACAAACCAAGAUCAUGUAGAAGGUGGUGCUCCCGAGUCUGAGAAAGAUCUUCUGUUUUUGUGUCAGUGCUUGUAUGAAUAUCAGUCUACUGAGGCCUGUCUGCUUCUCCUGGACAAACUGGACUACCAUCUAGACCUGAGUGGAGAACAUCUGGAUCCUCACCAGUGCUGUGCAGUCUUUUAUGUGACCAGUCAGUCUGCAGAGAGAAAGGUUGGCUUGGACCUGAAUGGCUGCACUGUGUCAGACCAAGGAGUAAGGCUGAUACUGGGCUCUCUGAAGAAUGUCAGACAUCUUGGACCAUCCUCUGAUGAUUCAUCUGACCCCUCAAUGUUGUGUCAACUCUGGAAAACUUUGCUGAGCAGUGAGGCAGAGAUGGACUUCACCAGCUUACUUGGCAUCUGUGGAAAUGAGUUGCACCUUCCAGUCCAGGGUGAAGGACGAGUGUUUGAGAGAGCAGAAGAAGUGAUGACACAGAGUCUAGAGAGGGUUCAUCUCUGUGUACACUGGGAUCAGAGAACUGUUCUCAGUGAAGCUCUCAGCAAAACCAUUUUAAAGUGUCUACCAAAUAUCAACAAACUCAGGUUUACUCCUCUACAACAUCAGAGAGGAUCCCCUGAAAGACUGGAGACAGAAGAGAAAGCAGUCCUACUCGAUUUGUGUCUACAAGCAGCACUAGAUCACAGAGAAACAUUCCAGAGAAUUGUGAACACACUGCUGUCACUGUUCUCUGUGUAUCAAACUGAGAGGUAUGACAUCCUGCUGGAUCUGUACUCUCAUGUGAAGUACAAUAGGAAUCAAACAGCCAGGAGUAUCCUUCCAUCAUUGAAGCCAGUUUACCAGUCAGCUCCUGCAGUCUGGUCCAUAGACCUCUCAGAGAGAAAGGCCUCCCUCCUCCUAGAAGUGCUGAAACUCCAACCAGGGAAGAAACCAGUAGAGCUGAAGGGCUGGUCAGAUGAAGAGAGUGAAGUGAGGAGUUUCCUUCAGUGUCUGCCCUACAUCUCACAGCUGAGAUUUUCUCCACUGAAGGAUAACAUAAAGAGGAGAAAGAGAGAGAAGACAUUCCUACUGAAUCUGUGUCUUCAAGCAGCUCUCCAUGAGAGAGGAACCAUACAAACAACUGUUGAGAAAAUGUUGUCACUGUCUAAAGUAUAUCACAACCAGAAAUGUGAUUUCCUGCUGGAUCUGUUCUCACAUGUGAAGGACUAUGAGACUCAAACAGGCAGGAGUGUCCUUCCAGCAUUACAGCCAGUUUACCAGUCAGCUCCUGCAGUCUGGUCCAUAGACCUCUCAGAGAGAAAGGCCUCCCUCCUCCUAGAAGUGCUGAAACUCCAACCAGAGAAGAAACCAGUAGAGCUGAAGGGCUGGUCAGAUGAAGAGAGUGAAGCGAGGAGUUUCCUUCAGUGUCUGUCCCACAUCUCACAGCUGAGUUUUACUCCAACACAUGAUCAGAGAAGAUCCCCUGAAGAGAGGACAAAGAGAGAGAAGACAUUCCUACUGAAUAUGUGCCUUCAAGCAGCUCACCACGAGAGAGGAUCCAUGCAAACAACUGUUGAGAAAAUGUUGUCACUGUCUAAAGUAUAUCACAACCAGAAAUGUGAUUUCCUGAUGGAUCUGUACUCACAUGUGAAGGACUAUGAGACUCAAACAGGCAGGAGUUUCCUUCCAGCAUUACAGCCAGUUUACCAGUCAGCUCCUGCAGUCUGGUCCAUAGACCUCUCAGAGAGAAAGGCCUCCCUCCUCCUAGAAGUGCUGAAACUCCAACCAGGGAAGAAACCAGUAGAGCUGAAGGGCUGGUCAGAUGAAGAGAGUGAAGUGAGGAGUUUCCUUCAGUGUCUGCCCUACAUCUCACAGCUGAGAUUUUCUCCACUGAAGGAUAACAUAAAGAGGAGAAAGAGAGAGAAGACAUUCCUACUGAAUAUGUGCCUUCAAGCAGCUCUCCAUGAGAGAGGAUCCAUGCAAACAACUGUUGAGAAAAUGUUGUCACUGUCUAAAGUAUAUCACAACCAGAAAUGUGAUUUCCUGCUGGAUCUGUACUCACAUGUGAAGGACUCUGAGACUCAAACAGGCAGGAGUGUCCUUCCAGCAUUACAGCCAGUUUACCAGUCAGCUCCUGCAGUCUGGUCCAUAGACCUCUCAGAGAGAAAGGCCUCCCUCCUCCUAGAAGUGCUGAAACUCCAACCAGAGAAGAAACCAGUAGAGCUGAAGGGCUGGUCAGAUGAAGAGAGUGAAGUGAGGAGUUUCCUUCAGUGUCUGCCCUACAUCUCACAGCUGAGUUUCUGUCCAUGGAGUUCUGAUCCCUCAAAGCGGAUCAAGUUCCUGGUGGAUCUCCUGUCUCAAGCAGCAGAGUGGGAGGAGCAGACAGGAGAGAAGACACUGAAGCUGGUAUCAUCGGUGUGGACUUACAGCACCUUUCCUUAUCGCCACGGAGACGAUUAUGAACAGAGUGAUUUCCUGCUGGAUCUGUUCUCACAUGUGAAGGACUAUGAGACUCAAACAGGCAGGAGUGUCCUUCCAGCAUUACAGCCAGUUUACCAGUCAGCUCCUGCAGUCUGGUCCAUAGACCUCUCAGAGAGAAAGGCCUCCCUCCUCCUAGAAGUGCUGAAACUCCAACCAGAGAAGAAACCAGUAGAGCUGAUGGGCUGGUCAGAUGAAGAGAGUGAAGUGAGGAGUUUCCUUCAGUGUCUGCCCUACAUCUCACAGCUGAGCUUUAAUCCGUGGUGGUCUGAUCCCUCAAAGCUGAUCAAGUUCCUGGUGUAUCUCCUGUCUCAAGCAGCAGAGUGGGAGGAGCAGACAGGAGAGAAGACACUGAAGCUGGUAUCAUCAGUGUGGACUUACAGCACCUUUCCUUAUCGCCACGGAGACGAUUAUGAACAGAGUGAUUCCCUGCUGGAUCUGUACUCACAUGUGAAGGACUAUGAGACUCAAACAGGCAGGAGUUUCCUUCCAGCAUUACAGCCAGUUUACCAGUCAGCUCCUGCAGUCUGGUCCAUAGACCUCUCAGAGAGAAAGGCCUCCCUCCUCCUAGAAGUGCUGAAACUCCAACCAGAGAAGAAACCAGUAGAGCUGAUGGGCUGGUCAGAUGAAGAGAGUGAAGUGAGGAGUUUCCUUCAGUGUCUGCCCUACAUCUCACAGCUGAGUUUCUGUCCAUGGAGUUCUGAUCCCUCAAAGCUGAUCAAGUUCCUGGUGGAUCUCCUGUCUCAAGCAGCAGAGUGGGAGGAGCAGACAGGAGAGAAGACACUGAAGCUGGUAUCAUCAGUGUGGACUUACAGCACCUUUCCUUAUCGCCAUGGAGACAAAUAUAAACAGAGUGAUUUCCUGUUGGAUCUGUAUUCAAAUGUGAAGGACUAUGAGAUUCACACAGGCCGGAGUGUCCUUCCAGCAUUACAGACAGUUUACCAGUCAGCUCCUGCAGUCUGGUCCAUAGCCCUCUCAGAGAGAAAGGCCUCCCUCCUCCUAGAAGUGCUGAAACUCCAACCAGAGAAGAAACCAGUAGAGCUGAAUGACUGGUCAGAUGAAGAGAGUGAAGUGAGGAGUUUCCUUCAGUGUCUGCCCUACAUCUCACAGCUGAGGUUGUUUGUUGGUUAUGGUGAAGAGAAGGCCUGGACAGUUCUGUCUAAACUCAGUGUUGCUGCAGCUGAGUUUGAUACAGAGACAGGAGAGAAUAUCUUAAAGACAUUAUCCUCCAUGUGCAGAUACACAGAUGAUGAUGAUGGUGGUGGUGAUCCAUUUAGAGAGAGUGAUUUCCUGAUGGAUCUGUACUCACAUGUGAAGGACUAUGAGACUCAAACAGGCAGGAGUUUCCUUCCAGCGUUACAGCCAGUUUACCAGUCAGCUCCUGCAGUCUGGUCCAUAGACCUCUCAGAGAGAAAGGCCUCCCUCCUCCUAGAAGUGCUGAAACUCCAACCAGAGAAGAAACCAGUAGAGCUGAAGGGCUGGUCAGAUGAAGAGAGUGAAGUGAGGAGUUUCCUUCAGUGUCUGCCCUACAUCUCACAGCUGAGUUUCCAUCCAUGGUGGUCUGAUCCCUCAAAGCGGAUCAAGUUCCUGGUGGAUCUCCUGUCUCAAGCAGCAGAGUGGGAGGAGCAGACAGGAGAGAAGACACUGAAGCUGGUAUCAUCAGUGUGGACUUACAGCACCUUUCCUUAUCGCCACGGAGACGAUUAUGAACAGAGUGAUUCCCUGCUGGAUCUGUACUCACAUGUGAAGGACUCUGAGACUCAAACAGGCAGGAGUUUCCUUCCAGCAUUACAGCCAGUUUACCAGUCAGCUCCUGCAGUCUGGUCCAUAGACCUCUCAGAGAGAAAGGCCUCCCUCCUCCUAGAAGUGCUGAAACUCCAACCAGAGAAGAAACCAGUAGAGCUGAUGGGCUGGUCAGAUGAAGAGAGUGAAGUGAGGAGUUUCCUUCAGUGUCUGCCCUACAUCUCACAGCUGAGUUUCUGUCCAUGGUUGUCUGAUCACUCAAAGCGGAUCAAGUUCCUGGUGGAUCUCCUGUCUCAAGCAGCAGAGUGGGAGGAGCAGACAGGAGAGAAGACACUGAAGCUGGUAUCAUCAGUGUGGACUUACAGCACCUUUCCUUAUCGCCAUGGAGACAAAUAUAAACAGAGUGAUUUCCUGUUGGAUCUGUAUUCACAUGUGAAGGACUAUGAGAUUCACACAGGCCGGAGUGUCCUUCCAGCAUUACAGCCAGUUUACCAGUCAGCUCCUGCAGUCUGGUCCAUAGACCUCUCAGAGAGAAAGGCCUCCCUCCUCCUAGAAGUGCUGAAACUUCAACCAGAGAAGAAACCAGUAGAGCUGAAGGGCUGGUCAGAUGAAGAGAGUGAAGUGAGGAGUUUCCUUCAGUGUCUGUCCCACAUCUCACAGCUGAGCUGUGAUGAUGACAGGUUCUUCCAGACUGUGUGUGAGUCCAUCCCUGUGAGGUCCAGAGAGGAGGACCAGCAGUUGGCCUCUCUUCUCCAGGCCUUGGGCUCUACCCUGUCACUAGGAGGAGUGUUACCCAGGAAAACCUGCAGGUCUGUGGGAAGAGUCCUGGGUUUCUGUGCCUCCAGAGUGGACCUCACUCUCACCCCCAGCAAGAUCUCUCUCCAAGGAGCCGCACUUCUUUUGAGACAUGAGUCAAAGCUCCACAAGCUCAGGCAUGUUCAGGAAGACAGCUUUUGCAGGCUGAAUCUGGGUAUGGCAGUGAAACUGUCCAGACUGGUUAGGAGGACAGGGAGAGGUUCUACUCCACUGACUGUCCCAGAACUCUUCCUGGUCCUAAAGAGCAGCCAGCCACCAGAGAUUGUGUUAUCCAGGGCUCUGAGUAGUGUGGCGUCCCUGCUGAGAUUCUGGAGGGUUCAGUGUCUGGACCUGACUGACUUCUGCAUCCAGGGUCACUCUCUCAUCACACUGCUGUGUCACCAGGGACCUCUCUCUCUCAGACUGAAUUCAGACACUCUGCAGCAGCUGACUGUAGUUGUGUAUGAAGCUCAGGACAAGGACUUGGCUCAGUGGUUCCUGGAGAAGGUUGGUGGAGACCUGACCUCCUGCAGGCUGGACUGGGAGGUGCUUCUCUCUCUGCUGCAGCAUUCAACCCACAACAUCACUGUGGACCUCAGGAAGAACCGGCUUCUAGAGAAGAACAGCUCAGAUCUUCUCCCCUUUCUGGGAAGGGUUACUCUCAAGAGGUCCAGUUCCAGCUUUGUAAAGUCCUCCAUCAGACAGAUCUAUGACAGUAGAGCCAGUGACUGUGUGUCCAGUUUGUUGAGGUCUUCAGACCAUUGGAUCAACCUGAACAGCAGAGAGCUGGACAGAGUGGACUGUACCGCUCUGUGUUUUACCCUGCAGCACAGCCACCAAGUCAAAGUCAACCUGCUGUGGACCUCCAUACCACCGGGGGAGAUAGAGAGCAUCCUGCCUCUUCUGGACAGAGUCUCCCAACUCAGUGUUGACAGGAGGUUACUGCUGAGUUUCCUCCAGUGCUGUGCUGCCUCUCAGAUCCAGCAGGGGGCACCAUCAUCACCACCAACAGCAGUAUGGCUGCUCAGGUCUCUGCACUACAGACUGGACUUCUCCUGCUCCUCCUCUGUGGACCUGUCAGCUCAGGACCAGGGGGAGGCUCUGUGUCUGACCACUGACCACUGCAGGGCCAUCCACUCUGUUCUGAAGCAGAACCAACACAGCACCCAGCUGGUCCAGAACCAGGUCCAGCUCAUCCUAAGAGACUGUGAGGUGGAGGACAGAGCACUGAGAGAGCUGCUUCCCAUCCUGCAUAUUGUCAAGCUGAGCCCCAGCAAAGCUCUGCUACUUCAGCUGCUGGACCUUGUGUGUGAGGGGAUUCAAGAGGGGCUGCUGAGGCACGCAGAGUCCCUGUGCAGAGCCCUGGAUGGGGAGCUGGACCUCAGUGAGACCAGGCUGGACCAGAAGGCCUGUGGAUCUCUGGCCCUGGUUCUGGAACACUCAGAGGGUCUGUCAGAACUGGACCUCAGCCACUGUCAACUCACAGACCACCAGCUACAGCCCCUGAUCACACACCUGCAUAAAGUACAAGUCCUGGACCUGAGCCACAAUGACAUCACUGAUGCUCUGACUGACAGAAUACUCCAACUGGUCUCUACCAACACUUCAAUACACACCGUACGACUCUUCAACAACAGAAUCCAGGACAGAAGACCCUUCCUGACAGACAAGAGGUUUGACAUCUGGUGAAACAACAUCAGGUCUUAGUUCAGGAAGAGAAGGCUGAAUCCAGGACAGAAGACCCUUCCUGACAGACAAGAGGUUUGACAUCUGGUGAAACAACAUCAGGUCUUUGUCCAGGAAGAGAAGGCUGAAUCCAGGACAGAAGACCCUUCCUGACAGACAAGAGGUUUGACAUCUGGUGAAACAACAUCAGGUCUUAGUUCAGGAAGAGAAGGCUGAAUCCAGGACAGAAGACCCUUCCUGACAGACAAGAGGUUUGACAUCUGGUGAAGAUAAUGUUCUAUAAUAACACUUUGAUGUGGAACAUAAACUGAUGGAACAUUUUAAUACAAAAGACACACAACAAACUGGUUGUUCCAGCUGUAACAGUCCGAUCAUGUAAUAACUACAGUCAACAGACUCAUUAAAGAGAUUAUCUGCUACUUGUUGUGUACUUUUUAGCCAGUAGUGCUGAUAGUAACACUCACAAGUCAAAAGUGGUCCCUGAAUAUGUUGUACUACAUCACAUAUGUUCACCACGUCAUCUCUCUCUCUGCUGUGGCCCGCCCUGCAACCUCAUUGGAUAACCCUGGCUUCUUGCUAGCUGUCACUCAAAUACGAGUGGCUGAAGCUCAUGAUAUAGAACUCUAAUUUUGUACGUUUGUAGGUGGCUACAAUGCGGAGCCCGGAAAAUAUUGUAUUCAGCAUUUCACUGUAAGUCCUACGCCUGUAUUCAUGUGACUAAUAAAGUGUGAUUUGAUUAUCAGUU